UUGAAAAAUAAGAAAAAAACGAUCCAAUCGCUUACCAUGAAGGCGCCGAAGCUUCGAGGCAUCCUGAAGAACAACAGCGUUCUAAACCUUCGACCCGUAAAGUCAGCCUCAUUUGACGAGAUAAGUCUGAUGCAUACAACGCAGCGUCCGGAAGUUCAAGUCGCAAACCCUCCGAAGCCGGUUGGCACCUCUUUCAAUAUAUCCGUGGCUAGUUUGACGCAAGAGCUGAAGAAGGUAUCGGAUCGCAAUCAAUAUGAUUUCAACAUAGACACCGAUGAGGAUUCGUCUGAUGACGAGCAUAUAUUGUCGGAGACACUCCAGGAGCGGGUGCAGCGUCUGGAGUUUGAGCGUCGCCGCUCCAUGCACUACACUGAGUUUCAAUCGGUGCAGCUGGCACGUCGCCUCAUAGCAGAGGAGUUCUCCACCUCAACGGAGUCCAUCGAGAGCGAACAUUUCUCCGAUUUGCUGGUCUCGAGCUGCGAGGCCGAGGAGUGUCUACCCGCUGAAAGCAACUCUGAGGUGCAAAAGAGUAUUGAACAAAUUCUAGCUGAGAAACUGCACUCCGAAACAUCUAUGGACCUGGAUAUAGGGCCAGACGUCGAUGUAGAGCCAAGACUCACGCCCUCUCAUCCUUGCUAUCACCAGCUGGCAGCCAAAAACCCAUCACUUCUGGAGCAAGCGCAGCCCAAUGUUGAUCCAAUUUAAAGUGGAAUCGAAUGUCACACUCGUUCCGAGGAGUUUCUUUGACCAUUUGCUGUUCUUUUAUCUUUAAUUCAUCUUUAAUUUCUGUCAUUUUCCGCGGCU